AUGAUUGCUAGUUCACGUACUGGGAAUCUUCUCAAUCUCUUUUCGAAACCUUUAAAAGGAGUAUCAGUGUCAUCACAUACUAGUAGUAUCUCUCAUCAUCGUCAUUCAACAAGACAGUUUUCAUCUUUAUCUUUAUCUUCAUCUUCUUCAACUCUAUCAUAUUGUGGUAAUCGAUCAAACAUUCGUUUACUACCAUCACAAACAGUAUCAUUUUACAAUCAUCAUCAUCGUUAUAUGACAUCUAACAAUAACAACAAUCAACCAAUAGUACAUAAUCCACCAAAAAGAGACAUGUCAAGAGACAAUAGAUUAAUUUGGGUCGAUCUUGAAAUGACAGGACUUGACAUUACAAAGGAUAGAAUCAUGGAAAUAGCUUGUAUCGUCACCGAUGACAAUCUACAAGUCAUUGAAGCAGGUCCCGAUCUUUGUGUAUACAUUGAUGAUGCUGCUCUUGAUGGAAUGGGUAAAUGGUGUAAAGAACAUCAUGGUGAUUCUGGAUUAACACAAAGAUGUAGAGAAUCAAAAAUAUCGAUUCAAGAAGCCGAGAAAAUCAUGGUAGAGUUCUUGGCAAAGCAUGUACACAAAGGUAUGUGUCCAUUGGCCGGUAAUACAGUACAUGAAGACAAAAAGUUUUUGUUGAAAGAGAUGCCAUUGUUUGCAGAGUAUCUCCAUUAUCGUAUCGUUGAUGUAUCUACCAUCAAAGAAUUGGCUCGUCGUUGGUACCCCAAUGUAAUGGAAAAGGCACCUGUCAAGAGAUACCUUCAUCGUUCAUUGGCAGAUAUCGAAGACAGUAUUGAAGAAAUGAAAUUCUAUCAAAAGCAUAUCUUUAUUCCAAAGGAUGAAUACAGAGAUAUGGAUAACAUAAAGCAUAUUAUAUUAGUGUUGUCUGGUAAAGGAGGUGUUGGAAAGAGCACAGUAGCAUCACAAUUAGCAUUAUAUCUAUCAUAUACAGGAAAGAAGGUUGGAUUGUUGGAUGUUGAUUUGUGUGGACCGAGUGCACCCAAGAUGUUGGGUCUAGAGGAUAGGGAGGUGCACAAGAGCAGUGCAGGAUGGAUCCCAGUCUACUUGGACAACACUAGAAACUUGGGAGUCAUAUCGAUACAGUUUUUGUUGGGCGAUAAAGAUGCACCUGUUAUUUGGAGAGGUCCUAAAAAGAACUCAAUGAUCAAGCAGUUUGUAAGUGACGUGUGUUGGGGUGAGCUAGACUAUUUAAUUGUCGAUACGCCACCAGGCACCAGUGACGAGCAUCUUGCAGUCACUGAAGAACUACUUAAAUACAAUCCAGAUGGUGCAAUCAUGGUCACAACACCACAAGGUGUGUCUGUCAAUGACGUACGUAAAGAAAUAUCGUUCUGUCAAAAGAUCGGUCUCAAGAUCAUAGGUAUCGUCGAGAAUAUGAGUGGAUACGUAUGUCCACAUUGCUCAGAAUGUACCAAUAUCUUUUCAUCGGAUGGUGGCAGGUUACUGGCCGAGCAAUGCUCCCUUCCAUUCCUUGGCAAGAUUCCAAUUGACCCAUACCUCACAGCUUGCUCUGAAAAGGGUAUCAACUAUUUUAAAGAAUAUCCCAAUUCUUCAACUCUCAUGGCUUUAAAAACACUCUGUGAAUCAUUUGAAUCAUCAACGUCCAACAAUAACAACACAGAUAUAGCAAGUGACUUGGCAAAACAAACAAUGCAAAGAACGAUAAGUAGUCGAAGUAUAGAGGAGAGAUGGAAGAAUAGUAGUAGGACGUCGGCGACGAUGAUGCCUGAUGGAGCUGGGUUUGAUGAUGACAGAAGUAGUUUCAAGGACUAUAGCAGUACUGCAACAUCACCGUCUAUUGAAGAGUUGGACGAGAACUACUUGCGUCAUCGUAUGAAACGUGUAAAGGAUGAACGUGUGGUACUCAAUGUUGGCGGUCGGAAAUUCGAGACUUACAAAUCAACCUUUGCAAGUCAGCCCAACUCUCUGCUAGGUGUUAUGUUUAGUGACCGAAACCGUCAUUUCCUCCAACCAAGUAUUCCCUCUACAUCAGAGAGCAACGCAGGUGAAUUCUUCUUUGACAGAUCAUCCCAACUCUUUGAAUAUGUACUCGAUCUCUACCGUAAUGGUGGUGCGGUAGCUUGGCCAUACGAUCCAUCACUACGUGCCCAACUUCGUGCAGAGCUUGAUUUCUUUCAACUGCCAAGCUCCAUGUUACUCGGUGAAAGUAUUAUUGGUGUAGAGACACUUGGUGAACGACUCAAACGAGAGUCUUUGGCACGUGCACGACUCGAAGUUGGUGACACCUUGGCACGUAUCAAAGCACAUAUUAUAGAGUGUCUCCAACGUGCCGCCGAAUCUGGUAAAGACAAUGAGAUUAUUCAAUUCAAGUCACAAUACGAGUGGCGUUCAAGAGACCAUACCGACGAGUUUGAAUUCUACUCUUUUGUAUCGAAUCUACGUAAUCGUGAACUACUACUCUACGAUCUCAUCAAUGAGAAUCUAGACGUAUCAUUUCAAGAAGAGUUUAGUAGUUCACAUCAUUCUUAUCUUCUUCAAUUUGUACUUUGGAAUCGUUAUACUCGUAAUGGUGAUACUCCUCAAACUGAUCAAGUUGAAUUUAGACAGAAAAUAGCUCAAUUAUCUGAUAUACUUUAUACAAAUAAUUUAAAGAAAUAA